AUGAUGAAACUUCAAGUUGCCUGCAUGAUUCUCAUCCUCGUCAUCACCUCCGCCAAAACCUCCUGCUCCUUCCCAGAUCCGACAGCAAAUCCUGCUGGUUUGUUAAGGCAAGAAAUGGAACCCAAAGAAGAAACUCAGGGUCUGCAGGUCCUGCUCCAGCCAUCCAAGCGCCACAACAGCCACUUCACUAUCUGCUCCUACUGCUGCAAGGUCUGCCGGGACCAGCGUCGCUGGGACCGGUGCUACAGAAUGUGCUGCCACGCGCCCCGCGGGUCGGACAAGCCGGAGCCGAGCAGCGCUAGGGGGUGCUGUCACCUCCAGCCACGCCCAGCCUCCAACCCCACCGCGACUCAGCCUGGCCCCCCCGGCUCCGGACCCGCCUGA